UCUUUCACUUGGCAGUUGUGCGGAGUAACGAUUGAAGUGUAUUUUUGAAUAAAUUUCUAAUAAGAAAAAGGUUUUGUGUUUAAUGAACAUUUUUUUAAGUCUAAAAGCAGUUUUAUAUAACUUAACCUAUCAAUAAAACAUUCAAUAUUGUUAGAGCAUCUGAAUAAUCAUGUCUGAACCGGAGCCCGCCGAAGUUGUUGAUCAAGAAACUAAACAUGAACAUAGCCCUAGAAAACGCAUACGGCACCGCAAGAAGCAACUUUACGAGAAUAUUCUGAAACAAAUGGAAUUCUACUUUAGUGAUGCUAACUUAACUAAGGAUAGAUUUUUAGGAGACCUCGUGAAGAAUGAUCCUUACGUGCCGCUAGAAUUGUUCCUAAAGUUUAAUAAAGUCCGGUCGUUGACGCAGGAUGUCAGCGAUAUAGCAAAAGCUAUGAAGAACUCAACUCUAUUGGAAUUGUCAGAGGACAGAUUGAAGGUGAAGAGAAAGACUGCAGUUUUACCGUAUGAUGCUGACUCUAGGACUGUGUAUGUAGAGUCUAUUCCAGUGACAGCUAGCAGGGAAUGGCUGGAGAGAGUCUUCUCGGACUAUGGACAUGUUGCUUACAUAUCUCUGCCUAAGUUCAAAAACUCGCAGAAAAUCAAGGGUUUUGCAUUCAUCGAGUUCAACAGACCAGAGGAUGCACAGAAAUGCAUAUCUACAUUCACUAAGAUGGGCUGCAAACUCCCGACUUGCAUGCCACCUGAAGAACUAUCUUCUAUAAAGAUGUUUACAGCAGAAGAACCAUCAACGGACACAACAGAGAAAAAGACAGAAGAAGAAGAUGAACCACCAAAGAAAAAGAAGAGGAAGGAUAAAAAGUCCCUUCAAAAGAGUUUGGAGUUGAAGUUGGGAAGCGAGUCUGAUAGUGAGAAGAGGGUUGAUACUCCUACUGAAGAAACAAAAAGCAUUGCAAGCCUGUCUACACCAACAGAGGAAAACAAAUUACUUGAUCUAGAAUCUAAGGAUGAAAUGACUAGUCAAGAUGAAGGGAAGGAUACAGGAGGAAGUCCACGGAAAAAGAAAACUCGAAAGCGUACUGCAAAAGAACGUAGCAAUGCUAAGAAUAAUUUAAGUAAAAACGAGGCUCCUAGAGGUGCAUUGUGGGGUUUACAAGUGUUAUCUAAGUCUGAGUGGAAAGCGUUAAGGAAUAAGUAUCUAAACUUACAAAGAAAGUACAUGAAGGAGAUGAAGACUAACUUGCAUAAUAAGAAGCAUCAGUACUCUAGUAUACCGGCGCCCGCCGCUCCUUCUAUUGAAGUGGAACCAGGUUUGCCAUCAGGCCAAACAGAUGCUCCCAAAGGAAUAGCGUCUGUAGAGAAAGUUCCAGGUUUAUUUGUCAAAGAAAUAUUACCAGAACCAUGCUUAGAUGUCAGGCUUACGAAAAGAACGAUCAGGAGCAACAUUCACGCACUACAUGUCGACGUGAAGGAAGGCCAAACGGAGGCAAUUAUUAGAUUCGACACACCAAAAUCUGCAGAAGAGUACUGUGCCAACACAACCAACCACGCGCGCGUCCUGUCAGGUCCUGAAGAGGAGGAGCAGUGGAGUAGAGCAGAGAGCGCCCUGUCACAGCGGCGGCCGCGCGGGCGGUGCCGCCUGCUCAGCCAGCGCGACCUGCAGGCCACGCCGCGACCACUCGCACCCGCCUCACCGCAACCAACUCACACGCAUAUACGAUUUGAAGAUGAAUAAUUUUUAAAGGUUUCAUUUUCUAUAUCAAGAACUCUUCUCAACAUAUUUUUGUAUUUAAUUUUUUUGUUAAUAGGAAUGAUCACUAUAUUAUUAAGAUUUGUGAGCUACAUAAUGGGCGCGUAUUUUUUGUUUCAUCAUAAAAUGAAAGAACUAAGUUAUUUCUACCAUGGACAAAACAAUAACUGUGUCACAAGCCAUUUAAAAAUACCAGAUACCAUUGUGAUUAACUGGCAAAGAUCAGACACAAUAUCUAUUAUCCCACAUUGUAUUUAUUUCACUGAAACAGAUUUAUUAUUUUCAAGUAGCAUGUAAUAUGUAAGUAUCUUAUCUAAAUACAUCUAAAUCCUU